UGCUCCGCGCGGUGAUUCACUCCCUCCUUUGCCUCGGGGGGCCCCCGUUCUCGGCCAGACGGCGGGCUAGACGGCAGGGUGUGCAGCGCCCUCGAACCCGGAGCAGGAGAGCAGAUCCUCUGCGUGUCCAGGGACCCCCGCCGACACCAUGGCGGACUCUGAGCGCCUGUCGGCCCCCGGCUGCUGGGCCGCCUGCACCAGCUACUGGCGCACCCGCAAGGGAUUCCUCCUGCUUACUGAGAUUAUACUAUGCCUGGUGAUUCUGAUUUGCUUCAGUGCCUCGACAUCAGGGUACUCCUCCCUGUCCGUGAUUGAGAUGAUCCUUGCUGCUGUCUUCUUUGUCAUCUACAUGUGUGACCUGCAUACCAAGAUGCCCUUCAUCAACUGGCCCUGGAGUGAUUUCUUCCGAACCCUCAUAGCGGCGAUCCUCUACCUGAUCACCUCCAUUUUUGUCCUUGUUGAGAAAGGAAACACUGCCAAAAUCAUCGCAGGGGUACUGGGCCUAAUUGCUACGCUGCUUUUUGGCUAUGAUGCCUAUUUCACCUUCCCUCUUCGACAGCAAAGACAUACAGCAGCCCCCACUGACCCUACAGAUGGCCCGGUGUAGGUGAACUCUGCAACCUGCAAAUAACUCCUCCAUUGAGAAAACUCCUCCCCAUUCCCACAAUACUCCCAGCCCCCUACUGAGGUAAAACUGCCUUUAUUGGGAGAAUUUUGUCUUCCAGCUUGCCAAGCAACCUUCCUGGGUGUGGUCACCUCUGUGGGUGUGGCCAGGUCUCCCUUCCUUCUGCAGCAUCCCAAAGGAGACAUCAGUUUUUUGUGGACCCAUAUCCCCACUUAAGCCACAGAAAAGGAGGGGGUGCCUCUAAUUUCAGAGUGUAAGCUCCACGGGUGACCCACUGGAAAUGAGCUCAGUGUGGAGGGUGCUAAAAUCUAGAUAAUGAAUAAAUUAAUCCUUUGAUGAAA